UCGAACUUCCCUCAGUUUGUCUCAGAGCCGAGCGGCAGAACCUGGACACUGAGGGACCGAUAUCACCUGGUCCUGACACAGAGCACACACGAGGACAAACUCACAACGGUUGGACCUAUCCGGGACGGUUUAAAUGUUUUUUUUUCUCCGCGGGCGCGCGGCGGUUUUACGCGUGUCCAGGUCGUUUCCACGGGUCUAGGAAAGUCCUGAGGGUUCCUGGUUCUUUUUAUUCUUCUCCUCUCGAACAUUGUCCUCGUGGCGCGCUCACGGGCUGACCGACCAAUGACUUAUUGAUUGGUUGAUUGAUUGAUUGAUUGACUGAUUGAUGAACAGACGCGUCAUGUGUCGGAUCUGAGUCCAGUUCUCAUCAUGGUUCCUCUUCAGCUGCUGCUGAUGGUGAUGAUAAUGAAGGUGUGCGGUGGCAGCAGAGUGACGGACUCACACACUGAGCACCCAAGAAUCAAACGUUACGCCAUCAACCCGGUGGGACACAAGUGGACGCACCACAACAUCACAUACAGAAUCAUCAAGUUUCCCAACACUCUCAACGCUGAUGACACAAGGAAGGCCAUCAGCAUUGCCUUCACCAAGUGGAGUGAUGUGUCUCCUCUGACCUUCUGUGAGGUCACUGAUGGAAAUGCUACUGCUGACAUCACCAUAGGUUUUUACACCUUCAACCACACCGACUGCUGGUCGUCUCCUCUCCACCCUUGUUUUGACGGUCUGAAUGGUGAGCUGGCUCAUGCUUUCCUGCCACCACGAGGAGAAAUCCACUUCGACAACCACGAGUUCUGGAUCCUCGGCAAGUCCAGGUUCAGCUGGAAACAAGGUGUGUGGCUCAACGACCUGGUCCAGGUGGCAGCUCAUGAGAUCGGCCACGCUCUCGGCCUGUGGCACUCCAGAGACCCCCAGGCUCUGAUGCAUCCCAAUGCCACUUACACGGGACAGAGGAACGUCGCUCAGGACGACAUCUGGGGCAUCCAGCGUCUCUAUGGUUGUCUGGACAAAAAACGAGUUUGUGAUCCUUGGGCUCGACUCGGCUUCUGUGAGCGGAGGAAGAUGUUCAUGAAGAAGAACUGUCCUCAGCGCUGUGGCCUCUGCUAUGAGCCUCUGGAAUCAGUUGCCACGCCAACGCCGCCUCCAGCCAAUGUCAAGAUCAAGAUGGUUCCGCGAGGGAAGGUGGUCGGUUUCCGGUGUGGAACCAAAAAUCCACGCUCUCCGCCGAAAGUCAGCUGGUAUAAAGACGGCGAGCAGAUCCUGACCUCCAUCCCUGGCUACAUCAUCAUGAAGGGCCGCGACCUUCGCAUCGUUGCCAAUGAGUUCAACGAGGGUGUCUAUACCUGUCGCAUCCAUCGUCGUGGCGACAUCAUAUCUGCAAACUCCUGGGCGAUCCGACUUAAACCAGAGGAGCCGUCCAACAGCUGAGGACAAUGACAACAAGUGUCCUGAUAGUCUGUCCAACAGCUCAGGACACAGGCAGAGGAGGAGGACAACGACAACAACAACAACAACAAUGAGUGACAGCAACAAACAAUGGCAACUACAAACAGAUUUAAGAGACAUUAAACAACCAACAAAAAAUGCUGACUCAACAACCAAUUUCCAGAGAUACUGUACAAAGGAGAUCUCACAAGCAGAUGUGCACAAUUUCAGUGUUUUGAGUCACAUAUUCUGUCUGUUCACUUGUUUACUUAAAGAAAAACUAACACAGUAUUAAUGGACAAGCCCUGGUUUGACUUCAUGUCCAUGUAACAAUUUCAGCACCAUGUCCUUGUGUUCUCAUGUUCUUCAGGGAAACUCCUCGACAUCAUGACCUCAUUCUCCCGCCUGGAUCCCUGCGUGUCCGUUUACGCAUCCCUGUGACAGUUCAGCGGGCUGUCUUUCGUCCAGGACAUCAUGUCUUCAGUGUCUUCAGUGGAUUGUCCACACGGAGUAAUUCAGCUCUGUUGAAUUUAGACCGUCUUGUGCUGAUGACAUCAUCCAGCAGGGCUCAUGUGGUGGAGCUUAGUCUCCCUGACCAAUAAUGUCAAACACCUGAUCCUCUUUAAACUGAUAUUGCCCACUGCUUGUCAAAUGUGAAAACACAUUUUGUAUUUAGUUAUUACAUUUUUUUAUUUUCUAGAUACAUAUAUAUAUAUGUGUGUAUAUAUAUAUAUGUAUAUAUAUGUAUAUGUAUAUAUAUAUACAUAUAUAUGUAUAUGUAUAUAACAAUUCUUAACAUUAGAAUCUAAUCAUCUCUCAGACGUGGCACUGACUUGUCUCUUUUUUUUAUUAGUAGUAAAGUUUUAAAUAGAAAAUGCGGCGUUUAUUGAAAUUGAUACAACCUUGUUGUUUUGAAAACUGAAUCCAUGAUCAUAAUCUUCAACAUUUGUCCCGUGUCCCCCUGUGUGUUCCUACAUAUGAACAGUUACAUACGGAAGCUUGACACAUGUCCACUGUUUGACUUCUUUCACCCACAAUGCAUUGCUAAGCUGUUCCCAGAGGGGUUUUCCUCUGGGGAGGAGUUUGAGCAUCACUGAGAUUUCAUUUCACCUUUACACCACAUGUUCUGUCUGUUCUACGAUUCAUAUUAAAACAAAGGUCUAAUUAAAUGUCGUUUCAAUAUUUGUUGUUGCAGAGCAGCCUGCAGACAACACUUCUUGUGAGGGAUGAGGAUAAGAGAUAAGAGGGUGUUUGAGGUAGGAACACAUGUAUCAUAUCUAAGGAACAAAUGAACUGCUUCAUUUCACUGUUAGCCAGCCUUUCCCAACAGGAAAUUAAAGUUUUUUGACCAUUCUCCCACAGCAAAGUCAAUAAAGAAAAUCUGCGAUUUUGCAACUCGGCUCAAGUUGAUCAACUAGGAGUUCUUGAUCUACCGAUACAUCUGUUAGUAGUUUUCAGGUGACUUAGGUGGUUAGGAUCCUUAACCUCAAUCUCCUGUGUCACAGUGAGUGAAAAGUGCUGAUUUUCUUUAUGAACUUUGGUGUGGGAGAGUGAUCGGAUUACAAAGGGACACAAAGCUGUCAACAGUGAGAUAAAGAAAUAAACAUCAAGAUGCAUCAUUUAAAUUUUAGUCAUGUGAUGUCAUAAACAAGUAACCCUGUCUCAACAGCACCACCAUGCUGACACUCCAAGCUACUGCAAUGACAUUGAGCUGAAUCUGGUUGGUCCUGUGCUGUCAUUAAAGAGAGCUGUGGUCCAAUCAGAGCACAGGACUGAAAGAGAUGUGACUUCAUCUGUGUCCCUGAGCUAAGUCCCCACACUGUGGACAGUCCUGAACUAUGACAUAUGAGACAAACGUGGCAUCCAUUUUCAAAUCAAACUUUAUUGUGUGAACACGAUUGUUCAGAUGAGGCUGCACACAGUGCAGACACACACCUGGUCAGCAUCUCCCAACCUUCUGAUUCAAAAGACCUUCAUCACCUUCAUCAUGUCCUCUGAGAAGGAGGAAGACGAGGGCACCGCUGAGCUCAGGUCUGUCCUCACCCCCCCUGUCUUGUCCUCUUGUGGAGAAGUAAGACACAUCAUCCUCAGAGGAGGACACACCUGAGCUCAGGUCUGUCCUUGUCCUCUAACUUGUGUCUGAGGAGGAGGAAAAACCUGAGCUCAGCUCAGGACCAACUCUCAUCACAUAGAGAUUCAUUUAUUUUGGCUGCAGAAAAACACGAGCAGGUUGGACUAUGACUCUGCCCGCACCCCCCCGAGGUUUAAUCAGAGGGGGCAGGGCUUAAACACAGGUAAACAGAGAAAGGCACAUGUAUGGCUUGUUUACAGGCAGGAGAGACACUGAGAAGGUCAGUGGGUGGCAACACAUUAAAUCAA